AUGCCAGGCCGGGACCCACGAGGCGAGACGCUUCUAAGAUGGAUGAUAGCGUUUACCGUUAUCGUCGGUGUAAUUCUACUGCUGCGUCUAUGGGCAGCUAGGUUGAUGAGACGAUCGUUCUACCUCGACGACUUAUUUGUGCUUAUCGCUUUUGCAAGCACAAUUACGUUCGAAGGCGUUGCCGUCUGGGCUAUUGACAACGGCGCCGGUAAACCUCAAGCCGAUCUCACUCCUGAGGAACUUGCCAUACAGGCCAAGAUUCUCGUACUUCCCUCUUCCAUUGCGUGGCUCGUAGGGACUGUCGCUAUCAAAUUCUCCGUGCUAUGGCUUUACACGAGAAUCUUCUCGACGCGGUCGUUUAAGAACUGGUCAUACUCUCUCAUGGCGCUGGUCGCAUGCUACUUUGUCGCUUUUCUCGCCGUUUUCAUGACCAUCUGCAAGCCCAUCGAUCAACUGUGGAAUCCGGUACCGUGGGGCUCAUGCCGAGACACGUCAGACCAAGAGUUCACCUCGAUCAGCUUUAAUUUAGUAGUGGAUCUAGCGAUCUUCGUAUUGCCUAUGCCUUGGCUUUGGGGGCUGAAAAUGCCUCUACGUAACAAGAUUGCUAUUAGCGUUAUGUUUAGCAUUGGUCUUGUAACUAUUGGCGUCAUGUGCUGGCGACUAGCCGCAACGAAGGACUCGAUCGCGCACCCCGACGCAUCGUACCAUACCACAGACAUUGCGCUCAUCAGCUUGCUCGAGCUGUGGCUAGGCAUGAUUGUUGCUAGCAUACCAACUCUAGCGCCGCUACUUCAGAGAUACGUGAAGCCGGUUAUUACCAAAGUUACGAUGCACUCAUCUGGCUCGCGGUACCCGCAAAACCAGUACAAAUUAAGCAAUUACAAGGAGAGUCAUAGUAGCCGGAGAUACAAGAACAUCGAUACCACCAACAGUCAGUACGAUGUCAAGAUAUACGCAAAUGACUUGCAAGGGUCGACCCAAGGUCUGGCGAUCACGACGGAGUGUACUCACGACCCUGUGAUAGAGCCCCCAAGAGAUAUUCCCACUCCUGGCCAGAUACAUGUUCGGAGGGAUAUUGAAUCACAAAAUUGGUAA